CCAAAAGCCCAGAGCCGACGCAACAUGAACCACAGGACGAUCGGGGAUAUCGACCGCGCGAACGACAUGGCCCGCAGUCUCCACGUGCAGGAGAUGGAGAAGCCCAUCAAGUUCGGCAGCGCCCCCGGCAACAACUCGCGGUACGACGUCGAGGCGGACGAGGUUGACCUCGGGAAGAACGUCGUCGACGACGGAUGCCCGUCGCCCCACGAUGCCGCUUCGACCUGGGAGCAACGGGGGCCAGGCCCCAUCAGGGAGAACGACUGGGAGAAGUUUGCGCAGAAGCACCUCCAGAACCGCAACGUCAUCCUCCACACUGGCGGCGCCCGCGCCUACAAGCUCAAGGAGGUUCCUGGGAUGAUUCAUGACGGCGUGGCUCACAUGAAGAAGAAGCUGAAGAGCAGGAAAAUGAAGCCAGUCAAGCGCAACGGUAAGUUCGCGUGGAUCCUCCCGAAGUACGCCAAGGAGCCCAAGCACAACAUUCCAGGAACGAAGAGGACGUUGAAGUGCAGGGGGGGGGGGGGCACGCAGGUGGUCGACCGCUUCUGGCAGCUUUUGCGCAGCUACCUCAAGUGCAGGUCUGGGGCAGUCGGCAGCGCGUCCUUGCGCCAUCGCGUGCGGUCUGCUCAAUGGGCCCACUGGCAUCGGGCAGACGAUGCCUGGUCCAAGACGGGGGAGAUGCUGAAGCACCUGAACAAAUGA